CAUCUGUACAACAAUCUUGGAAGAGGGAUUGCGGAGACCAGGGGAUUUGAACGGCGUUCGAGACGUACCACAUGAUCCCCGGCGAUUGCAUUCACCAUAAUAUGCCAAGACAGACGCACUCAAAAUCUGCGGCCACGAAAUUCUGGACCAAAAUUUUCUACACCUAACUUCAGACCAGAAUUUUGGCACCGCUGGUCAUCACAACUACCGCCAGGCUUCAAGAUGAUAGGAAAGAGCGGUAUUUCUGCGUUCGUUGUUCGCCGGAACGGCAAGGCGUUCAAAGACCUGGAGGAAGCCUCUGUUGCCUCUGUGAGCCCCUGGAUACCAGGUCAUAUUGGCAACGCAGUCAAAACCUACGCCCGUAAGGCCUCCAUUGCUGUCCAAGCCAACGAGCAGUACGGUAUUGAGGUCGUCGUUCCGGCCCAUACCUUCAAGGGAAUGACUCAUGACGGCGGUCUCCAAUUUUCCAUCACUAUCGAUGGACACCGCGAUGAGCAGGCAUACACUCUGCACUUCGAGCGCUUUGUUCCUUACGCAGAGCUUGAACCCCGCAACCAGUCCACUACUCACGUCAAGAAGUACACCUUCAUGGAUUGCGUGCUGAGGGCUAAAUAUACUACCGGGACGGGUGAAGAGAAGGACGAGUUGCAGAAAGCCACUUUCAAGUUCGCUGAUCUUUUUCCUGACCCUGCGUACAAGCUUUCAGAGGAGCAUGAAACCCACCAGCACAACUUUGUGGGAAGAAUCACCGUCGACGUCCAGUUCGGACGCGCAAAGAACGACCUUGCUCAGCUGCCAAAUUAUGGCCGGACUCGCCAGAACGUGUUGCCUUGGUGUGUUCGCCAGGAGAACCCCGUGACCACUACCUUCAACUAUAACAAUGGCAUAGAGUAUUAUACUAAACUCGAAACUACCGGAGCCGUCGACGAGGUGCCGACGUCUGGAUACCGGUUCACAGCCACUCAGAGCCCUCGCGGCGUUCUCAAUCGGUACAUCUGGUACUAUCGUGACUACAACUGGAUCAGCCGCUCCCGUGCCUCAGAAGAAGACCAAGAUGACGCCUCCGGCUACUCUCUAGACUGGGAGAAGAACCAAGACUCAAAGCCUCCCCGCGUCCCGCAACAGCCACCUCGCCAACACCGUUUCCCAACGUCUAGCGCGCCACCCGCUAUGCCGAUUCUUAAGCGCAAGCGGGCACCGCGCGUACGAAAGCCGUUUCGGGAGCAUGACACACCUGACUCAGACGAGGAGUACCCUGAGUUGCCUGCUAUCUUGCCAUCCAUCGAGACCGAAGAUCCGGUUCAACAUGUUACCAAGCGUAUGAGAACCGUAACGGUGAGCCCCGCGCCAGAGGUGGCUCCUGGACUCACGCGCUCUGUCACUCCCUCUCGGUUCUCGGCGCCUCGUCAACUCAAUCGCUCUCAUGCUCCAUCCGUAGCUUCGGCUUUGAGUGGGCGUGAUUCUCGCGCGAACACACAGACCUUUGGCCCUCUACAAACCAUUGCGGAGGAGAGCCCGGUGCACCAGCGUGCCGGUCAGAACCGCCGGUCGGAGACCCCAACAAUGGGCAUCACGGAUAGUGACCGUAAAGAUGGGGACUUUCUGCAGAUGGUCCUUGACUCGACUGAUCUGGAGGUCACCAGAAUCGAGCAUGAGGAGGCCCGUGCUAUAAUCGAGGCUGAGUUAGAGGCCACCCAGAACAGGGCCAGCGAAGAGGCUGCGAAGAAGAGGAUUGAAGCAGAAGCGAAGGCUCAGAAGUUGGCUAUUGAGCGUAUCCGCAUGAAGGUCAAGCUUGAUAUGCUUCGAAAGCAGAAGGCUGAGGCGGACGCUGAGGAGAGGGGUCGCGAGGAUACUGCGUGAACUCACAUCAGGUCUUGUGUAGACAGUAUCUUCUAGAGUCUUUGCCCCCUAAGGGGGGUCAUAGCUUCCUGCUAGCAUCCGCAGAUCGACCAAAACGUUCUGUUAGAUUUUC